AUGCGCAACAAAACUUACAAAAUUCCCCAUCCCAUCGAACGUCGUCUCGACGUUCGCUUUCAUAGAACUUUGUUGAAGUUUGGGGUGUUAAUUGGCAUUAGUUUUGGGCCCCAUCUAGAUGGUCUUUUUUUCCCUCCUCGUCGGUGCAGCGAUGCCUGUUGUCUCGAUGUGCAACUCACUAUCUUCUUUUGCCUGAUCCGUUUGGUUUAUGGAGAAAAACGUUUCGCCUUCGCAGAACUGGCCUUCCAAUAUCCAGUCCACCAGCGAUGGUUGUGUGGCAAGGCAGCGUUUUGUUAUUGGUUCAUCUGCUUCCGCGCGACUGCCUCUUACCACCGCACCUGUCAUCAACCCUCAUAUUGUUACACGCGGUUCUUCGGCAUCGGUCUCGGAGAGUCCCUCCCAAGUGGAUUUUUUCAUGUUUUUGACAGGCUGACGGUCGUUUUGAGGACUGCCCAUCUGUAUGAUCACGUUCCCAAACCGUGCAGAGACAAGGUAUCUAAAGCAUUGUCGGCUUUAUUGACGGCCGUUUGCGAUGAUCCCUGCGACGCGGCCCAUUGGUGCAGGCUCCAAUGUUUUUUCGCAUUUGUUUUGUUCAAGCCCACCAGGGGCGGUCGCAGGACUAAUCAAGCCAAUUGCGUUAUUAAACGGUUGGCCGAAUUCAGUUCGACCGAGGUCGAGAUUAUUGUGGCAAGCUUCAACACUGACCACAAUACCAAACCGCGUAAGCACAAUCCAAACAGUUGGAUUAGUGCAGUAACUACUCGGAUUGAACAGGGCAGUUUCUCGGCGGCCGUCAGACUUGCUUGUUCGCCCGCGGGCCUGGCGGAGAGCUCACCUGAGACUCUCGCUAAACUCAAGGCUAUUCAUCCCAGUGCUCCAUUGAACAGGCGAGCUUUCCCCGCGCAGGAACCGUCUAAUGGUCACCAACCCAGGUUUGCCCUCGAACUUGUCUCUCUUCUCCCGGUCCACGACGCGCUGACAAUCAUCCGCGGCGCCCUCAGUUUGCCGAAAUUGAUGUAUUUUUUGCGCACAUCCAACUCUGUUAAUGCGGCCAUUUUGGGCGCAUUAACAGAGUUGGCAUUAAAGGAACUGUCUGGCAUUGCGGCGCACGACGGUAAGCGCCCUGACGAGUGUACCUUGAUUUCUUGGAGAGCCGGCAGGUGCUUGGCGUGGGACGUUACCGUUCCGGGCACCUUUGCUGAGCGCUACGUGCAGCUUACUAGCAAAGAAAGCGGUUUGGCUGCAACCAGGGCAUCUGACGAGAAGAUCAAGAAGUACGACGGAGCUCUCCCCUCGAUGAAGUUUUUACCGAUUUGUAUCGAGGUCCUCGGCCCCAUGGACCGUAACACCUCCGGGUUUUUCAAUCGGAUUUGUAAACAUAUCAGUAUUAGGUCAGGCGAUAGUAGGGAAUAUUUUUUCGCUAUGAAUAAUAUCUCGUGCAUUCUGCAGCGAUUUUUGCACGUCUGUGUGUUGAAAAAUGUGGAGUUGAAUGCCGACGAGGUUGAGUGA